GCAAGGACCAAGCGCAACAGCAACGGAGAUGAGCGGCAGUGGCAACAGCGAUCUUAGUGAGGGCAAGCUCUGUGCGUACUUGGUGAAGCAUGGGGUGGUGGGGGGUGACGAUGCCGUCAGCGGCCUGGAGGCAGAAAAGUGCUCCCACGGACAAAGCAAUCCAACCUACAUCUUGACCCUCAAACCAUCACAGCAGCGACUCGUGCUUCGACGCAAGCCUUUUGGAAGUUUGCUGCCAAAGGCGCAUCAAAUUGACCGUGAGUUCAUGCUGCUGGAACGGCUGAGAGAGUGCCACUUCCCUGUGCCGCGCGUGCACCACUACUGCAAGGACACGUCUGUCAUUGGCGCAGAGUUUUACAUUAUGGAGUUUGUGGACGGCACCAUCUUCCGCGAUCCCAGCCUGCCAGACCUCACCCCAAAGCAGCGGCACAAAGUAUACUACGAGCUGGCAACCGUCCUCAAGCAGCUCCACUCGCUGUCCCUAAAUGCGCUUGAGCUUCCAUCGUCAUUUGUCAAACACAACUUCUUCCAACGCCAACUGCAUGUCUGGACCAAGCAGUAUGAGCUCGCCUCUCAGCUCGCGCCACGAAACGCCACGUUUGCACAGCUGGCUGAGCAGCUGGAGCACCACGCAAAACACAUUGGGGAGCAGGAGCUUGUGCUCUGCCAUGGCGACUUUCGCCUUGAUAAUGUCGUGUUCCAUCCUGAAAAGCUGACUGUGAUGGCUGUGCUCGACUGGGAGCUCGCGUCCACGGGUCCACCAGUUGCUGACCUUGCGUAUGCGUGCCUUCAGUACCACAUGCCCGCACAAGAGAUUAUGGGGGUGGCGUUGCCUGGGCUACAGGGCAUUCAGUGCGACGGUGUUCCCGACGAGCGUACGUUUCUCCGUACAUAUGGUGUUGAGUCGCGCCCGCACGCGUGGGGUGCGUUCGUUGGUCUCUCUGCCCUUCGUCUCUCGUCCAUCGCCCAGGGCGUGUAUGCGAGAUCACUACAGGGGAACGCGUCGGCAACCAACGCAGCAGACUGCAAGGCCAUCGCCGUUGCUCUUGCCGACGUUGGACUCAAGGCAGUGGCAGUCCCACGCGACGUGUCACUGUUUCCGCUCAGCGAAAGGACAGCGCACUUGCUUGCGUCAUUGCACGUGUUUAUGGAAUCGCACGUGUACCCGUCCGAGCGCAAGUGGGAGGCGGAGGUGCUUGCAAGCAAGGAUCCUUGGGCUGUUGAGUCCUCCCCAGUGCUUGAAGCGCUGAAGACCGAAGCAAAGCGCCGCGGCCUCUGGAACUUGUUCCUGCCGGCUGUGUCCGGCAUGACACAACUCGAGUACGCGCGCUUUGCGGAGGUAAUGGGGCGCUCGCUGCUGGCUUCCGAAGCAUGCAACUGCAACGCACCGGACACGGGCAACAUGGAGGUGCUGCACAUGUACGGGACAAAGGCGCAGAAGGACAGGUGGCUCGCCCCGCUGCUUGAAGGGAGGAUUCGCUCCUGCUUCUGCAUGACAGAACCGGACGUGGCGUCCAGUGAUGCCACAAACAUGCAAUGCACCAUCACGCGUGCCCCGAGCGGCGAUGGAUACGUUGUGACGGGUCGCAAGUGGUGGUCGACUGGCGCCGGCAGCCCGAGGUGCAAGUUUGCCAUUGUGAUGGGACGCACGCCAGACACCAGCAGGCCAAAGCACCAGCAGCACUCCAUGAUCAUCGUGCCACUGGAUGCAAAGGGGGUGCGGCGCGUGCGUCCGCUGACGACGUUUGGAUACGAUGACCGCCCUGCCGGGCAUUUUGAAAUGGAGUUUGACCACGUGCUCGUUCCUAGGGACAAUAUGAUUCUCGGCGAAGGGCGUGGCUUUGAGAUUGCGCAGGGAAGGCUGGGCCCUGGUCGGCUGCACCAUUGCAUGCGUGCUGUUGGAAUGUGUGAGCGCGCAUUUGAGCUCAUGUGUGCGCGUGCCGUUGGGCGUGAAACGUUUGGCAAGCGGCUGGCACGACACGGAAUGGUGCAGGAGAAGGUGGCCCUGUCGCGCAUUGAGAUUGACCAGUGCCGCUUGCUGGUCCUGCAGGCUGCCAAGGCCAUUGAUGUGCAAGGCAACAAGGCCGCGCGCAAGCACGUGGCCAUGGCAAAGGUCGCUGUUGCUCGCACGGCGCAGCGUGUUCUUGACCGCGCCAUCCAGGUGUUUGGCGGGGCGGGCCUGUCGUCCGACUUCCCUCUCGCGUACAUGUUCACGGGCGCUCGUGCCUUGCGCAUUGCUGACGGCCCUGACGAGGUUCACAUGCUCUCCAUUGCGUCACUGGAACUCAAGGCCGCCGCCAAGCGCGCAUUCACGUCCAAGCUCUGAACCUUGUGCUUGUGCUUGCGUGUUCAUGCGUGUGUGUGUGUGUGUGUGUGUGUGUGUGUGUGUUCAUAUGUGCGUCUGUUCAUAUGUGUGUGUGCUCAUAUGUGUGUGGGUGUGUUUGUAUCCGAUCUUCACAUCGUCCUCUGUUCCUUCUUCAAGAAUAAAGCACGA